UUUUUAGUAGAAGUGGGGUUUCACCAUGUUGCCCAAGCUGAUCCUGUACUUCUGACCUCAAGUGAUCCACCUGCCUCAGCCUCCCAAAGUGCUGGGAUUACCAGUGUGAGCCACUGUGCCUGGCCAGUGUUGUUUUUAAGAUGGGGCAAUUGCAAUGAGCUUGCUGGAUGACACAGUGGGUCUGGGGUGCAGGAGAGUGCAACCCCUCUGCUCUGGGGAAGCCAGCCUCACGCUGAGGCAUGAGCAGGUGACACCCUCAGCAGCUGCUCCUGGGCUACUGAAGGGGGUUUCAGCUGGGAGGGGUGGGGUCACAUGAAUGGAGGGAAUGGAGGAGGCCUGUAGCCCAGCACUGAGACCUCCUGGGGAGGCGGCUGUGUGCAGACAGACUGGGCACAGGGUCAGGACCAGACCAAGACCUUUGUCCUGAAGCUAAAAUAGGCUCUGGAGCCAUGGGAGGCUCCAGCCGGCCACUGGUACUGGGGUCAUGUGGGAGAGAAAGGGCCAGUUUGGGUCCGCAGCAUCUUCAGGCUGUGUGCAGAGCUGCCCCCCUUGUGGUCCUGGGACCCAGAAAUUUUCUACACCCACAGGUGGUCUCCCCUAAGGGCCCCCAGAGGGAUACCACUGUGGGUGGGCCUAGCGAGAAGGACACCAUGAGAUCUGCUGCAUGGCAAGGUGAGGCCAGAAGGGGAAGCACCCUGACCCCAGGACACUGGGCCCAAUGCCCGUCCUGCCCUGCUGCGCCCUGCCCUGUGCAUGGCAGGACAGAGUCCUUGGGCCUCAGGAGCCCAGCUCCCCACCCCAGCCCCACCCACAACACUCAGGGUCAGGCUGGCUGGGCUGGGCAGGAGGCGGCAUCCAGGCUCCCACUUCGCAAAGCUGCCCUGAGAUCUGCUGCCCCUUCCCCCAGACUUCCUGCCUCCACCACCGCAGUAGAGAUAAGGCCUCUGGGCUCAAAGGCCAGAGAGGGAGUCCGCAGGGAGGGCAGGGCUGGGAGCCACAGCCUCCCUGCCCCCAGGCCUAGAGCUGGGGUCUUGCCCCAACCUUGUCCCGACACAAGCCUGGCCAGGUGGCUGCUGGGACCCAGGUCCGUCUCCUGUUUGUCUGUGCUGGAGCUUCUUGGGGCUGUCCUCAGCCUAGAGGAGCGUGACGCAGCAGGCACCUUUUCAGUUCUUUCAACCCCAUCACCGUCCCCAACAGGGACCACAGCCCAUGACCCAGGAGGAGAGAGGCCCAUGUCCCCACCCCCAACCGGGCCACCAAGGGCGUCUGGGCAGCCUCUGCUAAGGGCUGUCAGGAGGGGGCCGAGGCCUGGGCCUGGGGCUCUAAGAGCAUCUGUGAACCUCUGCCCUGCGUCCCCCAAGCUUGGAAGCAGCCCCCAGAUGGAGAGCCAGAAGGGGACACCCUGGCCCUGCCUCACAGCUUGGGGGGUUGCUGGCAGAGGAGCAGAUACCCAGACUGCCCAUCCAGGGGAAGGGGCCCAGCCCUUGCCCCCCACAGGCAGUGGCUCCAGGCUGUCGGGGAGGAUCUGCCGCUGGAAUGGUUAACCCAGGUAACUCCAGCAGCCAAUCACAGAGCUCUGCAGGAAUACCUGGGAGAGGUCCUCACGCGGGCGGGUCCUAGCCCAGCCCCAGUCUGGCCCCAGGCAGCCCCAGCAAAGCCGCCCUCAGCCAGCCCAGAAGCAACACCCACUGAGCACACUGGGAGCUGAGUAUGGCGGCCCUGGUCCCGCUAGAGCUGGGGCUGCUGCUGGCUGUGCUGGUGGUGACGGUGACGGCGUCCCCGUCUGCUGGUCUGCUGAGCCUGCUCACCUCUGGCCAGGGCGCUCUGGAUCAAGAGGCGCUGGGCAGCCUGUUAAAUACGCUGGCGGACCGUGUGCACUGCACCAACGGGCCGUGUGGAAAGUGCUUUUCUGUGGAGGAUGCCCUGAGCCUGGGCGAACCCCCGGGUCCAGUCCUGGAGACUGGGUAUAUCGCCCGCCUCAGUGCCGCUGCUGCCCUGUACCUCAGCAACCCCGAGGGCAUAUGUGAGGGCGCUCAGGCUGGCGGCUGGGCCUCUCAUGCGGAUGACCUCCUGGCCCGGCUCGAAAGCCCUGAGGGCUUGAUCCUGGGCCUGAGCAGGCUGCUGCAGAGGAUGCAAGCCCGGGCUGCUGGCCAGGCCCUCAAGACGGCCUGCGUAGACAUCCCGCAGCUGCUGGAGGAGGCUGUGGAGGCGGGGGCUCCAGGCAGUGCUGGGGGCGUCCUGGCUGCCCUGCUGGACCACGUCAGGAGCGGGUCUUGCUUCCUCGCUUUGCCCAGCCCUCAGUACUUUGUGGACUUUGUGUUCCAGCAACACGGCAGUGAGGCUCCUAUCACGCUGGCCGAGCUGUCAGCCUUGAUGCGGCGCCUGGGGGUGGGCAGGGAGGCCCAUGACAACCACAGUCAUCAGCACAGGAGGGCCAGCAGCCAGGACCCUGUGCCCCUCUCUACCUCCAACAGCAGCUCCAGCGUGUGGGACACGGUAUGCCUGAGUGCCAGGGACAUGAUGGCUGUGUAUGGACUGUCGGAGGAGGCAGGGGUGACCCCGGAGGCCUGGGCCCAACUGAGCCCUGCCCUGCUCCAACAGCAGCUGAGUGGAGCCUGCACCUCCCAGCAUGGGCCCCCCGUCCAGGACCAGCUCACCCAGGCAGAGAGCUAUCUGUAUGGCUCCCUGGCCACGCUGCUCAUCUGCCUCUGUGCCAUUUUUGGCCUCCUGCUGCUGACCUGCACUGGCUGCAGGGGGGUCACCCACUAUGUCCUGCAGACCUUCCUGAGCCUGGCAGUGGGUGCACUCACUGGGGACGCUGUCCUGCAUCUGAUGCCCAAGGUGUUGGGGCUGCACACACACAGUGAAGAGGGCCUCAGCCCACAGCCCACCUGGCGCCUUCUGGCCAUGCUGGCCGGGCUCUACGUCUUCUUCCUGUUUGAGAACCUCUUCAACCUCCUGCUGCCCAAGGACCCAGAGGACAUGGAGGACAGGCCCUGCAGCCACAGCAGCCACAACCACGGUGGCCACAGCCACGGCGUUUCCCUGCAGCUGGCACCCAGCGAGCUCCGGCAGCCCAAGCCACCUCAUGAGGGCUCUCGCGCAGACCUGGUGGCGGAGGAGAGCCCGGAGCUGCUGAACACAGAGCCCAGGAGACUGAGCCCAGAGUUGAGGCUGCUGCCCUAUGUGAUCACGCUGGGCGACGCCGUGCACAACUUCGCCGACGGGCUGGCCGUGGGCGCCGCAUUCGCGUCCUCCUGGAAGACCGGGCUGGCCACCUCGCUGGCAGUGUUCUGCCACGAGUUGCCACACGAGCUGGGGGACUUCGCGGCCUUGCUGCACGCGGGGCUGUCAGUGCGCCAAGCGCUGCUGCUGAACCUGGCCUCCGCGCUCACGGCCUUCGCCGGUCUCUACGUGGCACUCGCGGUCGGAGUCGGCGAGGAGAGUGAGGCCUGGAUCCUGGCGGUGGCCACCGGCCUGUUCCUCUACGUGGCGCUCUGCGACAUGCUCCCGGCCAUGUUGAAAGUGCGGGACCCGCGGCCCUGGCUCCUCUUCCUGCUACACAAUGUGGGCCUGCUGGGCGGCUGGACCGUCCUGCUGUUGCUGUCUCUGUACGAAGAUGACAUCACCCUCUGAUACCCUGCCCUAGUCCCUGGCCUUUGACUCAAGACCCCACACCCCACAAACCUACAGCUCAGAAGCCAGAGCCCCUAUAGAGGCCCCAGUCCCAUCUUCAAUAAAGACACUGUUGUCCUUGGA